UCCGCCGCCGCCGCGCGCAUGCGCAGACGCGCCGCAGGCGGAGGGGCGGGGGCGCCUUUCCUGCACGCGUAGGGCGGAGUCGCGGGGCGCCGGACGGCAAGAUGGCGGACCUGGAGGAGCAGCUCUCGGAUGAGGAGAAGGUGCGUAUAGCAGCGAAAUUCAUCAUUCAUGCUCCUCCUGGGGAAUUCAAUGAGGUUUUCAAUGAUGUUCGGUUGCUGCUUAAUAAUGACAAUCUUCUCAGGGAAGGAGCAGCCCAUGCAUUUGCACAGUACAACUUGGACCAGUUUACUCCAGUAAAAAUUGACGGUUACGAUGAACAGGUUUUGAUAACAGAACAUGGUGAUUUGGGAAAUGGAAAAUUUUUGGAUCCCAAGAACAAGAUUUCUUUUAAAUUUGAUCAUUUAAGAAAGGAGGCUACUGAUCCUAGGCCUCAUGAAGUUGAAAAUGCCAUAGAAUCCUGGAGAAAUUCAGUGGAAACAGCAAUGAAAGCAUAUGUGAAAGAACACUACCCAAAUGGUGUAUGCACGGUGUAUGGUAAAACAAUUGAUGGACAGCAAACCAUUAUUGCAUGCAUAGAGAGCCAUCAGUUCCAAGCAAAAAAUUUUUGGAAUGGCCGUUGGAGGUCAGAAUGGAAGUUUACAAUCUCCCCUUCAACCACUCAAGUGGCUGGCAUCUUGAAAAUUCAGGUUCACUAUUAUGAAGAUGGUAAUGUUCAGCUUGUGAGCCAUAAAGACAUACAGGAUUCUCUAACAGUGUCUAACGAAGCCCAGACGGCGAAGGAAUUUAUAAAAAUUGUGGAGGCUGCAGAAAAUGAGUAUCAGACUGCAAUCAGUGAGAAUUACCAGACAAUGUCGGACACUACCUUCAAGGCCUUACGUCGACAGUUGCCAGUUACCCGCACCAAGAUUGACUGGAACAAGAUUCUUAGCUACAAGAUUGGAAAAGAGAUGCAGAAUGCUUAAAAUGAACGUUGCAUGACUGGAUCAUUUUAGUGUCCUUGUAUACAAAUUAAAAAAAAAAAUGACAAAAGGUAUUUGGAACUGUCAAAUCACCCAGUCAGCAUGGGCUUUUGCCAUUGAAAAUCACUGUAAGUAGUUUGGUAGCACAAAGCUUAGCUAAUUGAUCUUUUUUUCCCCUUUUCUUUCUUUUCAAAGGGUUGCAACUUCAGUAUAGCUGAGUAUUUUCCUUUAAAGUUUCUGUUAUACCUUUAUUUUUUUAUAAUGAAGAAACCAUGCCUUUAGUUUCCGAUUACAAGUUAAGAACAGUUUGAAAAUAUUUUUGCAUAUAAUAACCUUUUCUCUUGCUUUCAUGUGAAAUGGACAACUUCCAAAAUGUGCUGGAUUCCUCGUGGAGAUCACUAGUGUGCAAUUCUAGGUCAAAGUCAACGUGGAGUUAGCGAUAGGAGUUGUUGUUGAAAUCAUCUACCCUUCCACUGUAUGUCAACUUGGGGAAAGCAUUUUCUAUAUUGUUUAAACCUUUCAGAAUACUUAUUUAGUGUUAACAAAACUUUUUUUUUUUUUUUAAGAAAAGGCCAAGGUCUAAUGCUGUUUUAAGAUUUUGAAAUUAAAUGAAAGUACUUAUUUCAGAAAUCCACUUAAUGCUUUGUUCCUGACAGUUACUUAAAUGAGCUUAAAUUCCAUUUGCCCUUAAGUUUUUAUCAUGAAACCACAAGUGUACUAUAACAAGGCCUAUUGUAAUAUAUAUACAAUCCUGUACUCAUUACUAUGUCUGUCGUUUUUUUCCUUGGAUUGAAAUGUACUAAAAUUCAAUGUGACAUUAAAAUGCAAAUUUUCUAUUUAUUUGAGUAUCAGAUUGCUUCCUGACAUAGACUAUUUAUUUUUAGAGUGUUGCUUAAAACUGCCACAAACUUGUGGCACAUUGGCUAUUUCCAGUGUAUUUGGAGAUUUAUUGCAGUAUUGUCAUCAUACAUGGUUUCCAUCCACAUUUACGAAACAUCUGCCUAUGGAACUCUUCUUGAAAUGCAUAUCUUUUAGCUUCGUAUGGAAGAAACUGCAAGACAAAAAAUAACUUUUUUUUUCUGGAGAAUACUUUCCCCAUCUGAUAGAUCUGAUAUUGAAACUGAAUUUUGAAAGAAAAGGCAAAAUUUGUCAUUACAAAUGAUGUAUUUCACUGAAUACAUGGAUUUCAUUUUUAAUUGGAUGAAAGCCUGUUCUAAAAGAUGCUUUUGGAUUCUAUGCUCACAAUGGAAAAGCAAACAGCUUUUUUUUCUAGAAGCAAGUUAGUUAUGCAGAUUUGAAAAAGUAAAGCUUAUACAAGGGUUAUAGUUUUGUUUACAGCAUGAUCCUGUUAAUCACCUUAAACUGCAAGUUACAGCGUAGUAAGAGAGAGAAUCUCACCUUGUACUGUGUUUAUAAAAAUGUACACGAAAGGUAGGUUACAAUUUCAGUUGGAAUAGCAAUGCCCCUAGGUGCUGUUCGUCACUGUUUUCUUUUAAAGGGGUAUGGAGCUGACUGAAGUUCUUGAAAUUGCUGUACUGUCUAGUGGAAGAAUGAGCUUUGUUCUGCAACAGCCUUCCUGAAGAGUUGCCCUCUUAAAUGUCUGCAUAGAUCAGCUCUCGAACCAGGUGGUUGUUCUUAUUUAAAAGAAAGCUGGUAAAAGCUGUAUGGAGCUGGUGGCAGUUCCUAAGUCGCUGUCUAGUCAGUCCGUCCAUUUUCCUUAAGGCCUAAAUACAAACCUUGCUACAGUAUUAUCUUCAAUGUAGUUAAGAUCAAGAAGAAUAAAAGGCAAUGAAUGGGCUGUUAGGAGAACUGUCCACGGGCAACAACGGUGCAAAUAACUACUCUAGCUGUUAGAAUGUUAUGUGUGACUGGAAUCAGCACGGGCUGAAAGUCAGGAUGCUAUUUUUCUUAACUGAAAUAAAAGGCUAAUUUUAAAUGUGUUCCUAAUAAAGAGGUAAUUUUAUUGUGAAGUA